AUGGCCUCUGUUUUGCUCUAUUCUGUGCUCUGCUAUUGUUUCCGUCAUCAACGAAUCCGAUCUAAAGUGAAAACUUCAGGCUAUACAACACGAGAAUCGAUGUCAAAAAUGACCAGUGCAGAGGCACAGGAAAUCGUGAGAAGCUGGGGAGAAUACGAGUUUCCCACGAUAUCCAGAGCAUCCUUACAAUUUGCACUGUUCAAGACAUACGGCAUACCAACAAUAUCAAACCUUCUCAGUGAAACGCGAAUGUUCAGCACUCCUGUAAAUGCGAGUAAACGAUACGAAGAUACUGCAGUUCUCAUUGGCGAGUUAAUUUACCAUGGCCCUUCCGAGGAGCGAGCCCGAGAGGCAAUCGCUAGGAUGAACUAUUUGCAUAGCUUCUACAUCAAGGCUGGAAAAAUCAGCAACGAAGAUUUAUUGUACACACUAAGUCUAUUUAUCACUGAGCCGAUCACGUGGAUAAAUCGGUACGAAUGGCGACAACUGACAGAAAUGGAAAUAUGCGCAUCAGGUACAUUUUGGAAAGGGAUUGGGGAUGCAAUGGAGAUCAGGUAUGCUGGGUAUCUGAAAAACGAUACUUGGAAGGAUGGGAUAGAGUUUUAUGAAGAUAUCAGGGACUGGGCCCGUCAAUACGAGAGCACCCACCUCGUGCCAGCAAGCACAAACAAGAAAACUGCCGAUGAGCUCACGCCAUUACUUUUGCAUUAUAUUCCAUCUCCACUUGUGCCAUUCAUGCGUCAGUGUGUUGGUGUGCUAAUGGGAGAGCACCUUCGAUAUGCUAUGAUGUCUGAAGAGCCCUCUCUUCUUGCCCAUGCAAUCACGUACCUAAUACUUGAUCUGCGGCGCAUAUUUCUUCUCAAUCUCUGUCUUCCACGCAUAUUUCCUGUUAGUGAGUUUUCGGAGAAAGAUUCGAAAACAGGACGUUAUCAUCAUAAUACCUAUUUAGCUCAUCCAUACUACGUCGAAGCCACGUUUUGGAACCGAUGGGGUCCAGCUGCGUGGUUUACGUGGAUUCUUGGAGGUGUGCUACCAGGUGGCAAAAAUGGCGAGAAAUACAUGCCAGGUGGAUAUUUAUUUCAUGAAGUUGGUCCUAACCAAAAGAAAGGAAAGGGACAAGAAGAAAUGAAUGCCUGGAAGACUAAAAUAUCAGAUUCACGCCCCAGUACAUGCCCUUUUUCUACGAAAUGA